AUGAUUCUAAAAUAUCAGAAACAUCAAUCUUUCUUUCUUAAAUAUAUAUUUUCAAAAUUUCACAGAAAAUUAAAUAUUUUAGCAAUUGAAACGUCUUGUGAUGAUACAAGUGUGUGUUUGCUUGAAAAUGAUGAAAAAAGUGGUAAAAUCAAAAUUAUUGAUCAUAAAACAGAGAGAUCAUUAAAUGAAAAUGAAAAGUUUGGAGGAAUUAAUCCAGAAAUUUCAGUAACUUUCCACCAAAAAAGAUUGGCUGAUAUUUUGAAACAAAUUUUUAAUGAACAUAUCUAUGGACAACGAAACAUAAAUAUAGUUGCUGCAACACAAGGUCCUGGAAUGGUUGGCUCUCUUUCUGUGGGCUUAAAUACAGCAAAAGGCUUAUCUGUUGCGUUAGGGGUUCCUUUUAUUGGAAUCCAUCAUAUGCAAGCACAUUCUCUUACACAUAGAUUAGUUCAUAGUGGGGAGCACCCUUCAUUUCCUUAUUUAAGCCUGUUACUUUCAGGUGGACAUACAUUAUUAAUUAGAUCAAAAAGUGUUUUGGAUCAUGAUAUUUUAGCAUCCACUCUAGAUAUUGCAGUUGGUGAUAUGAUUGACAAAUGUUCAAGAUUAUUAAAAGUUAGUUGGAGCGGAAUGAUGCCUGGACAAGCUCUUGAAAUUUGGUCAAAAGAUGAAAAUACAUCUACAUAUACCGAAUCUAAAUGGAAUUUGCCAAUUCCUCUGAUGAAAACACCAGAAAAAAAAUUAAAUCUGGCUUUCUCUUUUUCUGGAUUAGGUUCUUCGGUCGAAAGAAUCAUUAAUACAUCUUGUUUUUCAGAAUCUCAACUUAAAAGUUUGGGCAGAUCAUUACAAAUAACAGCCUUCACUCAUAUUGCAGAUCGUCUUCUUUUAGGAUUAAACAGAAUUGACCACCCUAUAUCAGGAAUCGUAGUGAGUGGUGGCGUUGCUAGAAAUUCAUUUUUGAAAACUAUAUUACAAACAUCACUCAAUAAUAGUCCAUAUAAAAAUACUCCACUUUUUUUUCCACCUCUUGAGUUAUGCAGUGAUAAUGCUGCUAUGAUUGCAUGGACAGCUUAUGAAAUGUAUCGUAUUGGUUAUAUUUCAGAUCUUUCAGUACUUCCAAUUAGAAAAUGGCCAAUUAAUAAAAUAAUGGAAAUUGGAAAAUAUUUAGUUCAUUCUAAAAUGUCUGUAUCUAUUUAA